CAGGCGCAAGAUUCCAAAUACCUUCUCUCUUAUCUGCCACUUAGGAGCCACGCCUACGUUGAGUGCUUCUCCCGCUCUCUUAUAAAACUCCAAAUAUAUUUUCGAAGGCAAUCAGCAGCCUGCAACUCUUCUCUUCAUCCUUUUUCAUUGGAAGCUUCUCUUCCAAAGCUUAGAGUGAUCAGUGAUAUUUGUUGGAGGGAGAAAAGAUGGACUAUGUGUACGGACCAGGAAAGAACCAUCUCUUUGUUCCAGGGCCGGUUAACAUCCCGGAACCAGUUCUUCGAGCCAUGAACAGGAACAAUGAGGAUUACCGUUCCCCUGCCAUUCCUGCCAUGACAAAAAAUCUUCUUGAAGAUGUCAAGAAAAUUUUCAAGACUAGUACUGGAACUCCCUUUUUGAUUCCAACUACAGGAACUGGUGCAUGGGAGAGUGCACUCACUAAUACCCUGUCCCCUGGAGAUCGAACUGUAUCUUUUCUAAUUGGACAAUUCAGUCUGCUGUGGAUUGAUCAACAACAACGCCUCAACUUCAACGUCGACGUUGUUGAAAGUGAGUGGGGUCAAGGUGCUAACCUUGACAUUCUGGCAGAAAAACUUGCAGCUGAUCACUCCCACACAAUCAAGGCCAUUUGCAUUGUUCACAAUGAGACUGCAACCGGAGUCACCAACAACCUGGCUACUGUGAGAAAAUUACUUGAUCAUUAUAGGCACCCAGCAUUACUUCUUGUUGAUGGAGUUUCCUCUAUUUGUGCCCUUGAUUUUCGUAUGGAUGAGUGGGGAGUAGACGUCGCACUAACCGGUUCUCAGAAGGCACUUUCUCUUCCCACAGGACUGGGUAUUGUUUGUGCAAGCCCCAAAGCUUUGGAGGCAUCCAAAAGUGCAAAAUCAGUUAGAGUUUUCUUCGACUGGAAUGACUACCUCAAGUUCUACAAACUGGGAACAUUUUGGCCAUACACCCCUUCAAUCCAGCUAUUGUAUGGGCUAAGAGCCGCUCUUGAUCUUAUAUUCGAGGAAGGACUCGACAAUGUGAUUGCAAGGCAUACCCGUAUGGGCAAAGCAACAAGGCUUGCUGUGGAGGCAUGGGGCUUGAAGAACUGCACACAAAAGGAGGAAUGGUACAGUGACACUGUGACUGCUGUCCUUGUUCCCCCUUAUAUUGAUAGUGCAGAAAUAGUGAAAAGGGCAUGGAAGAGAUACAAUAUGAGCUUAGGUCUGGGCCUCAACAAAGUGGCCGGAAAGGUAUUCAGAAUUGGACAUCUUGGAAACCUAAAUGAGUUGCAAUUGUUGGGUUGUCUAGCCGGUGUGGAGAUGAUACUCAAAGAUGUCGGAUAUCCGGUUAAGCUGGGCAGUGGAGUUGCUGCCGCCUGCGCGUACCUGCAGAACAACAUCCCUAUGAUCCCUUCCCGGAUCUAAUCAAUCUGUUAUGCUUGUAAUUAUGUUUCUUCUACCUCCUGCUUCAAGGUACUCUGUAAAAGAAAAAUGCUUCCUUUCUAUUGAAGCUUUCCAAAUCCAGUACUUGACAUGUUACUUAUUGUAGUAUGCUCUAUUUCAUAUAUGUUUAGUUUUGGUACAUCAAA